GCUGCCAGUGCCAGUGAGGCCGCCAGGUGGUCGUCAGAGGCUGCUGAGUCAGCACGUGUGGCUUCGGAGCGGGAGGCGAGGUACCGCGGGGAGCUGGCCCGGCUGGUGCAGGGUAAUGCCCGGUUGGAACGCGAUCUGAGUCGCAGCCAGCUGAGCGCCAACUCGGCCCGACUGGGGGUCCUGACGCUGAUGCGGACGGGACCCAUGCAGAUGGCGGAGGUUUGGGAGGACGGUACGGCGUUUCAGCAGCUGGCGGCGCGGAGGGCGACUUUGACGGCCACCAAGGAGGAGGUGAUGGCGGCACAAAAGACCCGUCUCGCCGUACUGAAGCGCGAGGAGGAAUCCCUGCGGGAGGAGGAGGAGAAACUUAACCGGGAGAAGAUCCGGCAGAUUCGUGCCGUCAAGCUGUCACGCGAGGAGGACGCGUCCCGGUUCGGUCGUUGGCCCGUACUUCCCGACCGCCCGGGUCCCGAGGGGCGGCCCCGCUACGUGCUGAUGAACCUGCUGGGGAAGGGCGGCUUCAGCGAGGUGUUCAAGGCGUACGACCUGGUGGAGGUUCGUCCCGUGUGCGUCAAAAUCCAUGCGCUGGCGCCUGGUUGGCCCUCCGCUAAGAAGGAGAGCUAUGUACGACAUGCAAUACGGGAGUACGACAUACAUCGCAGCCUCCGUCACCCCGCCGUGGUCACCUUGUUAGACGUGUUGGAAAUCGAUUUGGACACCUUCGCCACCGUACUGGAGCUUUGUGAGGGCGGUGACCUGGAGGGUGUGAUGAGGGAACACAGAACGCUUCCUGAGCGCGAGGCGCGCUGUGUGAUGGCCCAGAUAUUCUCCGGCCUGCGCUACCUGGCCUCCCGCCGGGUGAUCCACUACGACCUGAAACCCGCCAACAUCCUGUUCGACGUGUUGGGACAGGCCAAGAUCACCGACUUUGGACUCAGCAAGCAAGUCUCGGAGGGUCAAACUCUGGCGGGUAUUGAGUUGACCAGCCAGGGCGCUGGCACGUACUGGUACCUGCCCCCGGAGGCGUUUGAGACCGGGGGCCCCGCGCCCCCUCGAAUAUCUAGCAAGGUGGGGUCGGCAGAGUUGGACGUGUGGUCGGCUGGCGUCAUCUUCUACAGCAUGUUGUACGGAAAGAAGCCGUACGGCGAGGCCAUGAGUCAGGAGCAGAUGCUACGGGAGCGCGUAAUGGCCGUACCCCGGGAGGUCGACUUUCCCGCCCGACCCCCGGUGAGCUCGGAGGCCAAGGACUUCAUUCGGCGGUGUCUCGCCUGGAACCAGGACAACCGACCAGAUGUGGAGGCGGCGGCGACGGAUUCGUACAUCACAGGAUGUACGGCAACGACCGGGACCGCGAUAGCGGCGGUGGUGGGGUCCGGUAGCGGCGGCGGCGGCGGCGGCAGUAGCAGCACCAGCAGCAAGGGGGGGGACGCCGCCUUGGGUUUGAGACUGGCGGUCGUUGCGAACAACGGCCGCCGGUGA